GCGGCUUCAACUUCUGGCACUGCAGUCAACAUUUUCAACUCAGACGGAACGCACGGUUCGGCGGACGCAGUUUGAAAUAAUUCAAAACACAAACAUCGUCGAAGAUCUUUGGCAGAACCCUUUAAGCAAUAUAAACAAAAGAAAACAACAAUUUAGUUAAUAUAUUAACCGACUAACCGCAGUAGAAACAAAGUCUUCCUAAAAGCGGAACGAUUCCACUGAGAGGAACAAAGUGAAAAUUGCAAUUUCAGUGAGUGCAGUUUGUCAGUUCGUCAGUCUGCCCAUUUGUCACUUCGCCAGUUCGUCAGCUCGCCAGUGUGUGCGUGUGUGUGCCAGUGUGUUAGUGAGUGUGAACUCUGCGCUAAAGGUCAGAACUCAUAUGAAAAUGUCGAGCGGCAACCAAGAAGCAAUGUCAACAAAAGCAGCUGUCAACUCGGUGGACGUGGACGAGGACAAGGCCCCGUCAAUGCAUAUGCAUGCAACAUCCUCAUCAGCCCCGGGAUCGAUUGCGUCCAGCUGCCAUGUGAAAGCGCUGGCCAUCCUGGUGGCCAUCGUCUUGUGCAGCGGCAGCUUGGGAUUCGCCGACGGGCUCAAGUGCCAUAUGUGCGGCCAGUACAACGAGGGCGUGGGCUCCAUCACGCCCUGCACCAACUACACCAAGGACAUUGCCCAUCUCUACCUGAAGGAGUGCACCAAGAAGAGCGAGAAGUUCUGCGUGAAAUAUGUUAGUGAACUGUCGACCGUUCGCGAUUGUGCCACCGAGUGUGUGGAAAAAGAAAUUUGGGAGACACAAACGUAUUGCUGCACCGAGGACGGAUGCAACUCCGGCACCCAGUUGGCCUACUCCGUCAUCCUAUUGACCCUGCCAAUCCUUUCGGUGGCUUGGCCCACAUUCGUUGAUUUUUGGAAUACGCGACGUUAAGUGGGUCCUCUGAUGAUCCAGCCAAUCUUCGUUCGUUUCUUAACUUGAUUUCCAUAUUAUUUUGCAGCAAGUCAAAAGUGUAUAAAAUUUCAAGCGUUAGCAUUUAUUUUAUGUUCAAAAAAAAAAAUAUUAAAAGCACAAACAAAAUUCUGUGAACGGGACCUAAUCAAACUAAGAAGCGAUAACGCAAAGUUACACGAAAAUUAAACAUUCGAGCCUGUUUUUUGUAAUUGAUUAACUUAUGCGAUUUAUAAAAUAUAUAUUUUUGCCAACAUGUUUGCUGUUAUUACUUUGAGGCUUUGUAUUUCUGACUGUCUUCCCAAAAGAAACACAAAAGUGUUGGUAAAUGAUAACGAACGGGUGUAGAAACAUCCAAAAGCUUAACUAAUUCAUAUUCACAAGAAAAAACAAUUGCAAUGCCAAAUUACUACUAAAACCGUGUUAAAAAAUGAAAAAAAAAAGAAACGCAAACGCAUUAUUAAAAUAAUGAUAAAUAAAAUUACAUUUAAGAUAAGGCCAGCUGUCGAAAGUACAUAAGAAAUCGCAAUCAUAUUGAGGAAUUAAAAACAUCAAUGAAUUUCGACGAGUUCGUAUUGAAUGCAUUUCAUGAACAUACUAAUUAUAGUACACCUAAGGUUAAAUAACGAAAAGUAGUAAUUAAAUACUUAGGAUCCCGAAUCCUGCGAGAAAGUUGUUUGUUUUUUUUUUAAUUUGCAUAGGACCACAAAUAUUACGCAAAUGUCAAAGUCACAGUGAGUUUAUUUUGGGGUCUGUGAUUUUGCACUUUGGUACUGUAAUAUUUGCUGGAAAUCUAUUCACUCUAUGUUAUUUCAUAAGCUAAUAAAGAAAACGUUU